AUGCCCGACUCCUCUGCCACCCCUGCCCCCGGCUCCCGUGCCAUCAAGAUCCCUUUACAUAUUGGUAGCCAUACAGACUACACCCCUCCGAGCCGACGUCGACGAAGUGAACGCUACGUGCAUAAUGCGGAACGAGCCGAAGCUUCAGAUGCUGGUCCAUCUUCGCUAGGCUCGGGCUCUGAUCAAGACUCGCCGUGGUCCUACAGCCCUCUUCCCACUCGGUCUCAACAGCUGCUCCACAACAUCACUCCAUCGUCAGGCGAGGGUGGUCGACCCAAAGACGAUCCUAGCACAUCACAGCGGAAGGACAAGCAGAAGGCGGGCCUCCCGCCGCCCAGUAGCAUGCCGAUGCUCUUCAACGCUUCCUCCUCCCCCCUUGGUCCUUCGAUGCUCUCUUCCAGCUCGUACAAGUCCAUCAACCUGAAUGCACACCACGAUGAUCCCGACGAGCCUCCUCGACUCAUCACCUACACGAAAUAUAGCCAAGGGUUUACCUGGAAUGACGAACUCUUUCUACCAAGCUAUAUGCUGGGACGAUAUGGGGAGAGGGGUCGAAAGAAGCUGUACGACGGUGACUUUGGAGACGAGGACCACUGCCCUGUGGCCGAGAUCUUUGUCACGGAUGAAGAGGCGCAGGCGAUGAUGCCGUGA